AUGUCAAGCACGUUAGAAAAUAAAAUAUUAAAUUUACAGGAGCGUCUCAAAGCUGAAAAAGAGUCAAGGGAUAGAGACAGACAGAUGAAUGAUAUUCAACCAGGAACGGCUUUCCAGCCGUCAUCCUCAGCUCCAACGUCUUCUCCGAUCGUUAGAAGACCUCGGCAGCUUGGAGAUGUUGGAACACCAACCAGACCUAGAAGGCAAUUAGACUUGCCAAUACAGAUAGUGCCUCCAAAGACGUGUGACAGCGAGUUUGAAUCCAAACUUCAGGAGAUAAUGAAGAUGAAUGGUAUUCUUACUAUAAAUGGUCAAAAAUAUCAGACUGAAAUGAAGGAUUUAGAACAUUUGGGUGAACUUGGUAAUGGUACGUGCGGCCAUGUCGUAAAAAUGAGACAUAAACCUAGUGGAGUAGUAAUCGCAGUUAAACAAAUGAGACGUUCUGGCAAUGCCGAAGAAAAUAAAAGGAUAAUUAUGGAUCUUGAUGUAGUCCUCAAAUCACACGAUUGUCCCUAUAUUGUACAGUGUUUAGGAUGUUUUAUAACUGAAUCUGAUGUGUGGAUAUGUAUGGAACUUAUGGCUACUUGUCUUGAUAAACUAUUGAAAAAAUGUAGACAAGCAAUACCUGAAGAUUGUUUAGGCAAAAUUACUGUCGCAACAGUAAAAGCGUUGUCGUACCUGAAAGAGAAACACGGAGUGAUUCAUAGAGAUGUUAAACCUAGUAAUAUUUUACUCGAUGAACAGGGAGGAGUAAAACUUUGUGAUUUUGGUAUUUCUGGACGGUUAGUAGAUAGCAAAGCCAAGACUAGAAGUGCAGGAUGUGCAGCGUAUAUGGCGCCGGAGCGAAUAGAUCCUCCGGAUCCAACGAAACCAGAUUAUGAUAUAAGAGCAGAUGUGUGGAGUUUGGGAAUAACUUUGGUUGAAUUAGCCACUGGAGUUUUUCCCUAUCGAGACUGCAAGACUGAUUUUGAGGUUUUGAGCAGGGUAGUUCAAGAUGAUCCACCUGCUCUUCCUCCCGACGCACAUUUUUCAAAAGAAUUCAGAUCUUUUGUAGCUUGCUGCCUAACAAAAAACUAUAAGCAUCGGCCUAAAUAUCAUAAACUCAUGGAACAUCCAUUUAUAAAGAAAUACGACGUUCCAGAAGAUAAUACAAAUCCAUCGUUGCCUACCUCUGGCUGUCAGUGGCUUGGUAGAGUAAUCCAACAACUGGAGCCUAAUUUCAGAUUGAAAGAAGAACCACAACUUCAUCGAGGUACAGGUCAUGUGUCUCUUAAACAAACAGCUCAUUUACGAAAUAAUUCAGAGACUUCAAAUAUAAAGAAUAAUGCAACUAAAGAACAUCAGAAUCAGUCAAGUAUAUCAUCAAUAUAUCAACGAUUAAGCUCAGAGAAUGGAUUGGCUGCUUAUGUUCCUUAUAGUCCUUAUGCAUGGAGAAAAAAAGAUAUGAUGAGGCCUUUUUCACCUCCAACGAAUAGAUCAAGUGAUCAAGAUUCGAAUUAUUCAGUACGAUCUUAUUCACCCUACCGACAAUAUACUGACCAAAAUCGUUAUUCUAAUGGUCAGAAUUCUUAUAAAAAAGCAGAUGGCAAUUUAUCGGAGUCUAAACCUUAUGCUAGUCGAUUAGAGGAGCGAGAUGGUAGUACGGAUCGAUGGCAACAAAAUGCUCGGUCUUUGAGUCCAUUUUCUAGAGACUAUUCACCAUGGAGACGUGAAAAUGUUGAUCCACCGGGUGUCGUUCAACCCAUUAGUGAAACCACUAGGUAUUAUGUUCAACAAAGACUAGGACAAUAUCCUCCGCACCAAACACAUUCACCUUCACAAGAUAUUUAUGGAAGUCCUAUGAUUAGUCGUAAAAGGUUUCCUUCAGAACCUCCACCAUCAGUUGGUUCUCAUGGUCCUUCAAGUCCUCAAUUAUUGAUUUCUCGUUUUACUCAUCAAAUGAAACAGGAUUCUUUACCAAAAACAACCCAAGUAGAAACUAAUUCAAAGGAAUCAGCAAAAAAACGUUUUGCUUCUUAUGUUAGAUUAAGACUUGGUGGUGACCGUGCUUCUUCACCAGAACCACCUCCUCGAUAUAGUCGGGGAGAAUCACCUCUUGCUCUCAGGAAAAAUUUAAUUGAACAGCCGUCUCCAUCUUUUUCUCGGAGAUAUAUUUCACCUUCUCCACCUCAGCCGCCACCAAGGAGGCUUUCUGAAAGCAAUUCUGUACCUGGAAGUCCUCAAUACGUACGUGCACGACUUCAUUAUACGCCUGAACCUCAAAGAAGGCCUCCACUUCCAUAACCCACCGUUAUCGUUGCCUCAUCUUAAUUCUCUCAUUGGUGCCAUAAGAUAAUGAUAUGCAAGAGAUAUUUGCUGUUUGUCGUGCACUCUUAUGCCAUUCAGAAAAAUCAGCACAUGAUCCCUUGCUACUUAUUGAAAAAGCUCCUCCAUGUGUUUCGAGAGACUAAAAGUCAUUUCCACAUUCAAAAUUAACAUAAUAAAUUCUCGAAGAGAAAGUGAACUAAAUUCAAAUGAAUCGAAGAUAAUUUGAUUGUACUUUGCUGCUCAAAAAUCAAUCUAGAUUUAUAAAAAGCGAAAGAAAUGAUAUCUAUAAGCCUCUUGUAUUGUUGCAUAUUUAUAUUUUACGCAAUGACGACGCUCAACUUUUUAUAUCACUUGGAAAAGGAUCAAGUGAAAAGUAAGAGUUUGUGGAAAUCUUUUUUAACGAAUUCAAAUACAAAGAAAAAAACAAAAAGAAAAUGACUUGGCUUUAAAAAAUAAUUGUAAUUGUGUUUUAAUAUUCGCACUAUUUGUUUCUGGUGUGACUUUCGCUGUAAUUUUGAAUUUAUCUCACAACUAGUAAGAUUCAUGUUAAAUUUUUACAUUUCUUGGACUGAAUCUUUUUCUAUAUAUUCUAUGCGUAAUUGAAAAUCAACAAAAGUAUAAUCGGGGGAUUGUAUUGCAAUAUAUUCAAAUAUAAAAUUUUGUACAAGUAAAAAACAAUUAUAAUGGGUGAAAAUAUAAUCGCAUAUAAUUUGCGAAACAAGAAUUUUAAAGCACAAGCCCCUUAGGGCAUUAAAAAUAUAGUUAAUUAAAAGAAUUAUCAUGAAAAGAAUUAUUAUAAAUUGUAUAUUAUUUAAUUGAAAGAGCGUUGCGGAUGCAGAGCUAAAAAAUUGUAAUUAAUUUUAAUUAACGAUUCAUUGAUUGCAGUCAGAUUGCAUAUUCUUACAAACAACAUAAAAUAACUUAAAUACAACUUUUGUCAUGUGACGAAAAAAUCUGUUGCAAUGUAAAUAAACUUAUAUUUAUACGAAUCGGAUCUAGUGCUUGUUUUUCUUUAUUUAUA